AUGUACUGCUUUCUCUCUGUACCCAUCCUUGCGCUGGCAGCUCUUGCUAAUGCUCUCGCCAUCUCCACCAACCCCGAACCCAUCGUUCGAGUCGACGUCACCUUUCCCUGUGACUGCAUUGAUCAUUGGUUCAAACACGAUCUAAAGUGGAUUCGAGCAUCGUCCAAAGACGGAUGUAUGGCUCUGGAGACCAAUGCAACUCUCAUCUGGGCCCUCAAUGAACUUCCAAAACCAGAAUAUGUCUCCAGGAACUAUCAGACUCUAGCCUGCAGCCUGUUGAUGCAAGAAUGCUCCUGGAAUUACAGCCCACUCGACCCAGUUGUUCGCCUUCUCAAAACAACUGUCGACAAUGCUACCGAAGCACAUGCUGGCGCCCAACCUGCCAAACAGCCAUCUCAAGUCAUUCCGCGAGAUGCAGAAGAUGUUCGACAGUUCUGUGAAUUUCUGCCAGAGCCUUAG